GCGGGGCCCCGGGGAGAGCGGGGCGCCUGGGAGGCUGGAGGGCCCCUCGGCCGGCCAGGUUUCAUUCGGCGGACACAGGUGCCGCGCGAGACGCGCCCACCCCCGGCCGCGAAGCCCCGGUCCUUCCGGGCGCGGGGUUAUCCCGAGCUGGGCACGUCCGGCCCGAUUUAGUUCCGGCCACUUUGGGGACAAUUUCGGGAGACGAAGAGUGUAUUUUCCCUCUGACGUGGAGACGCGCACCUGGGUGGGCAGAGCUGAGUACUGAGUGAAGUUGGUGGGUCGGGGACGUAGCGCCGAGCCGCGGCCUGGGGAGGGACCCCGGACGAGGAUGCUCUGUAUUCCCGGGCACUCGCUCGAGGGUUCAGUUCAGAGCGCAGGGGAUUUCCCAUCCCCCUGGAAACCCAGAAACGUCUGAAAUCGGCCCCUUUCUCGGGGCCAGCAAAACUUUAAAGCCAGCUUAGUGGUGAUUCUGUUGGUGUAAAGGUGACCAACUGGAUUCCUGUAACACUUCGCUGGGGAGAACCAUUUCUCCUCCCACAGCUUUGACUUUCGGAGAUUUGUGUGUCAACAGAAUGGAGUCGGGCCCCGGGGGCUGGAACAAAACAAAGACCAGCUCUGCCUCAGCGUGCUGAUUCUAAGUGGACUCUCAGUGACACCCUGAGAGAUGCUAGGGGUAUCCAGACAUUGAACUGUGGUAAAAUACAACUGACCAUUAUUCCCUUCCAAAAUCACAUAAUUUGCUAUUCCACAAUUCUUCAAAUUUGUAAUUUUGGCUUUUUAUAUAAACACUGAUAAGGUGAUCUAAUUCAAAUAAGUCACAUUUCACAGGUGAGCAUGAAUUAAAUCCAUUAUAGUGAAGCAUACUUUUGCCAGUGAGUUUAAGCAACCGGUGUCCUUUAAAUGCCUGUAUAUCAAAGAUAUUGAAGGAUAUGUAAAACUUGCUAAAGUUAUUUGUUGUGCUUUUGCCUCUACUAUUUUUAGGAAAACAUAUUUCAAGAAUUAUAGUAGUACUAUGCAUUCCUAGAAUUUAAAUGUUUUUAGACAACAGAUAAAGCGAUGAAAGACAAAAAAGUAACUUUUAAUUGCUAUCAUUAUAGAAAUUUUUUUCUGUACUAAAUUUUUUUCUCCUGCUUUGCAUUGGGCACCAUGCUGGGACUCACAGUUAUUUCUCUAAAAUUGGAGUGGCCCAUUAGAAGACCCUAGAAUUUAGACCUCUUCUCCAUCUCCACCCCCAGGUGAUUGUAUUUAGUCUGUGGUAGUAUAUACACUUCUGUGGGUAGACUGCCUACUUGAUAUCUUUACCUGGACUUCUAACAGGUAUCUCAGACUCUCUUCAGGCUGCUUCUCCCAGGACUAAGCUGGAGGGUUGGAGAAAUGUUGCAGAUGAAAUGAUCUGGUGUCUGGGAUUUGCUUUAAAGUAAUCUAUUGACAAAAGGAAUAGACGAAACAAGAUUGGUCAUAAAUUGAUAAUUGAAAGUGGUUGAUGGGCACAUAAGGGCUCAUAAUACUGUUCUUUCCACUUUUUACUGUGUUUGGAAAUUUCUAAAAUAAAAAUGUUUAAUUCCCUGAACAUAGAGUGUAACCUCUUCUUGCUAUCUUCGUUGCUACCACCAUGGUCCAUUGGAUUACAGUUGGACAACACAGGUUUGAACUGCAGGGGUCCGCUUAUAUGCGUUUUGGGGUUUUUUUUUCAAUAAAUAUGUACUGCGGUGCUGUGUGGUCUGCAGUUGGUUGAAUCCGUGGAUUCGGGACCACAGCUACAUAUUACCAACUAUAAAGUUACACUUGGGUUUUUGACUGCGAAGAGAGUUGGUGCCCCUAACCCCUGUGUUGGUCAAGCGUCAACUGUAUUUCAGUGGCCUCCUAGCCAGUCUCCCUCUUUUCACCCUUUUCUCCUGGAAGGUACUCUUAACAGAGCACCCAGAGUGAUCUGGUUAAAAUACGUCAUAUCAUGUCAGACCUUUAUUGAAAAUUUUCCAGUGGCUUCUCACUCCCAGUAGAAGCCUAAAUCUUUCUAAUGAUUUUUAUUUAUUUUUAAAAUUUAUUUUAUUUAUUUGUUUAUCUUUGGCUGCAUUGGGUCUUCAUUGCUGCACGCGGGCUUUCUCUAGUUGUGGCGAGCAGAAGCUACUCUUCAUUGCAGUGCGCAGGCUUCUUAUUGUGGUGUCUUCCCUUGUUGCAGACCACGGGCUCUAGGUGUGUGGGCUUCAGUAGUUGUGGCACGUAGGCUCAGGAGUUGUGGCUCAAGGGCUCUAGAGCACAGGCUCAGUAGUUGUGGCGCAGGGGCUUAGUUGCUCCGCGCAUGUGGUAUCUUCCCGGACCAGGGCUCAAACCCGUGUCCCCUGCAUUGGCAGGUGGAUUCUUAACCACUGCACCACCAGGUAAGUCCCUCUAAUGAUUUUUAAGCCCUAAUGUUUCAGAUGGCCUCAAUUCUACUACUCACCCUCUCACUCACCCUGCUGCUGCCUCCAUUCCUUAACAGUUCUCGAACAUGCCAGGCACUCCCACUUUAAGGCUUUUACACAAGCUGUUCCAUCUGUGUGGAACACUUACCCCUUAUACCUGCCUGGCUUCCUCCCUCAUUUCCUUCAUUUCUAUAAUCAGAUGUCAUGUUCUCUCUGAAGACUUCCCUCGUCACUCUGUUUAAAAUUAUAACACCCUGUCCAUACUGUACUUCUUAUCCUCUUUCUUAACUUUAUUCCUUGGCAUCUGAUAUAUUUCACUUGCUUUAUCUAUCAUUUGUCACCCCCGCUCCCCCACUGGAAUUUAAGCUCCAUGAAGGCAAGGAUUUCCAUUGGCUUUGUUCACUGAUACAUCUUCAGCAUGCCUGGUGCAUGGCAGGCACUCGGUAAAUACUUGUUGAGUGAUAGAUCUCCAUUUUACAAAGUAAAACAAAACAAAGCCUUAGGAAUUUCUAAAUUGUUCAACACCGUAAAGGUGGGAUUACCAGCUUUAAUUUUGAGACCUUUAUAGUGCCAAGUACAAUGCCAUGUGUCCAGCGAGUCUUCAGUAAAUACUCAUGAGCAGUUUGAGGGAGAAAAUCAUUGUGCCUUAAACAUAGUAGUUAUAUUAGCAAAUAGUUUCCUUUUUACAUACAUGUCCAGGUUAUUGAUUUCAUGAAGGAAAUCAACAGGUUUGAUAAAAAGUGCUUUUUCUAUGCUUUAUUUUUCAGGUGGAUUGAAUACCCUGUAAGAUACUUUUUGAGUCUUUCCAUGGCAACAGCAAGUCACCUUUAAAUAAUUGGUCUGGAAAGAGUGAUGUCCAUGGCCAUUGCUGUGGCUCUGUGCUGUACUUUCAGGGAAUCUUACUUAGCCUUUGGUGAUUUUUUUUUUCUGAGAUUUCAAUUUUUUUAUAUCUAGUAUCAAGUGUUAUACUAUUAGAGUGGAAGAAGCAACUCCCGUAACGUGACUUCCCGAGUUAGAAAAGAAAGGGACUCUCCACUCCAUGUGUUUAUCACACUGCUUCUCCUGGGCCAUUCCAAAGCAGACUUGAGUUAAUGAAAGUGAAGAGUAUUUGCUGACCCAUCACAUUUUGGUGUGAACAUCACAAAUGUUGUCAAAUGACGGAAGAUCCAGGAAUCGGGACAGGCACUACGAUGAGGUCCCAAGGGACUCAGACUAUCAAGAUGGCACCGUAAGAACCUUCCAGACUCUUCACGACAGUGAGCUGGCUGUGAGCGCUGAUCCGUUGCCACCACCCCCUCUCCCAUUACAGCCACCAUUCGGCCCAGAAUUCUACUCAGGUGACACAGAGGAACCGGCCGUAGCACCAGAUCUCAAGCCUGUAAGGCGCUUUGUCCCUGAGUCCUGGAAGAACUUCUUCAGAGGGAAGAAAAAGGACCCAGAGUGGGAUAAGCGGGUGUCAGACAUCAGAUACAUCUCCGAUGGAGUGGAGUGUUCACCUCCAGCCUCUCCUGCAAGACCAAACCACUGUUCACCCCCCAACUCCUGCGAAGAUCCUCAGGGCGGGUCAGAAGGCAGCUUUCGUUCCCGGAAGGAGGCCGAGGCAAUGUUUCCCCACGAUCCCUACGGAUCCCUAAGCCGACGCACACACACAGCCCGAACCUACAGCGAGAAGGUGGAGGAGUAUCACCUGAGGUAUUCCUACAUGAAGUCCUGGGCAGGCCUGCUGCGGAUUCUGGGCGUGGUGGAGCUGCUUCUGGGGGCCGGUGUCUUCGCUUGUGUCACGGCAUACAUUCACAAGGACAGCGAGUGGUAUAACCUGUUCGGAUAUUCACAGCCCUAUGGCAUGGGAGGCGUUGGUGGCCUGGGCAGCAUGUAUGGGGGCUAUUACUAUAGUGGCCCCAAAACCGCUUUUGUGCUUGUGGUUGCUGGAUUGGCUUGGGUCACCACCAUCAUUAUUCUGGUGCUUGGCAUGUCCAUGUAUUAUCGGACCAUUCUUUUGGACUCAAAUUGGUGGCCCCUAACUGAAUUUGGAAUUAACAUCUCCUUGUUUAUCUUGUACAUGGCCGCAGCCAUAGUCUAUGUGAAUGAUACCAACCGAGGUGGACUCUGCUACUAUCCAUUAUUUAACACGCCAGUGAAUGCAGCGUUGUGCCGGGUGGAAGGAGGACAGAUAGCAGCAAUGAUCUUCCUCUUUGUCACCAUGAUUGUUUAUCUCAUUGGAGCUUUGGUUUGCCUAAAGUUAUGGAGGCACGAGGUGGCUAGAAGACGUAGGGAAUUCAUGGAGCAACAGGAGAUAAAUGAGCAGUCAUUGCCAUCGAAAAGGAAAAUGUGUGACAUGGCCACCGGUUGUGACAGACAGAGAGACCAAGAAGUUAAUUUUAAAGAACUGAGAGCAAAAAAAAUGAAACCUGAGCUACUGAGUGGACAUAUCCCCGCUGGCCACAUCCCGAAACCAAUCGUGAUGCCAGACUAUGUGGCGAAAUACCCUAUGAUUCAGACGGAUGAUGAACGAGAACGCUAUAAAGCUGUGUUCCAGGACCAGUUUUCAGAGUACAAAGAGCUCUCUGCAGAAGUUCAAGCCGUCUUGAAGAAGUUUGAUGAGCUGGAUGCAGUGAUGAGCAGAUUGCCGCAUCGUUCAGAAAACCAGCAGGAACAUGAGAGAAUUUCAAGAGUCCAUGAAGAGUUUAAGAAAAAAAGGAAUGAUCCUACAUUUCUGGAAAAAAAAGAACGCUGUGAUUAUCUGAAGAAUAAACUUUCUCACAUAAAGCAAAGGAUUCAAGAAUAUGAUAAAGUAAUGAAUUGGGAUGUACAGGGUUAUUCUUAAAACUUAUUUGAAACCACUUUUUUAUAUCAAGCUUCAUAUUUAUUUACUGUCUUUUUUUAUGCUCGUCUCUGUGAUAGAGAAGCAAAUGCCUCCUGAAUCAGCUUGUAGUUGGUUUAGCUGGUAUGUCAAGUUAAAACAGUAUGUGAUUGCAUUUCAGACAUUUCAAAACAAAUUCAAAUUUACUAAGGGCCUUUACUAAGAGUGGAAGAAAUUCUGGAUUCAUCUGUGUACAAUUUAUAUUUAUCUUGUUAAAAUUGAUUUAAGCAUUGUGUCCUUGUGGUUGAUGAUCAAGUGGAGUGUCAAUUCUGGUGCUGCUUUUUCCUUUCUUACUUAGGCCAGUUCCUGGGAUUCUUUUAGGACAAAUUUCUCUUCCUAGCCAAAGAUGUCAUUUCUGCCCUUGAAAGGGGUUUGAAUUCACCAUUUGAAGCCUUAUGAUCUUGGGCGAGUUGUUUAAUCUGCCUGUGCCUAUUUCCUCAUCUGUAAAAUGGGGCUCAUCAUAGGACCUACCUCCUAGGGUUGUUAUGAGGAUUAAAUGAGUCAAUAUUCGUAAAGCACUUAGAGCCUGGCACAUUUGUAAGCACUGCAUUAGUGUUUGUGAACUAUAUAUAGACGUUGUUUGUGGAAUGAAUAAACUACAUAGAAUAAGUCUCAAGGAAAGGACCUUAAAGAGCAAGUCCAGCCAGCUAACCCAAGGCCAUGGCCUUAUGACUUUCUUUUUUGUGUGCUGUAAAUAAAUCUUACACACGUCGCCUUAAGCAGAUGCUUCCCUGUGGCCCUGUGCCUACUGGGGUCCAGUGCAGCCUUCUUAUCUUUAAUAGCAUCACCGUGCACAUCUCUCAACGUCCCCACAGCCCAGCCCUUCCUGUAAACCUCGAAUACAAGGAUUGUGUGAAUAUUGUUGCCAUUUCUGUCCUGUUUAGAUGUCCAUCCUAAGGCCCCAUGAUGUUGCAUCUGCUUAGAAUCUCCCUUUGAUUUAUUGGAAUGCUUCAUUGUCCCAAGAAUUAUCUUGGCUUUGAGGCUUUAUUCAUGAGAAAUGUUUUAUUUUUAUUAAUGUGAACAAGAGACUGCUUUAAAAAUGUUUAAAAAAAUCAUUGUUAUUGGUUCCCUAUUCAGCAGCAUCUAUCUUGUAGAUAAUUUCCCAGGUGUAGAAAUACAAUUUCUGCUUCAUAUAGUUGCCAUUCAAACAAUUAAUACUGGAGGAAUUUUCGAAGUGAUGAAACCAAAGAAAAGAAUGUGGAAAAGCGAAGGCGGACCAAGUAUUGGAUACUGAAUAAACUUCCUACUUCUUCUUUGUCAAUGAUAUCUUAUUUAGUGUAUAUUGUUACUAUUUUCAAUCCAUGGUUCUCAGACUAUGCUUAGGGUGCUGAGAGUCUUAAGAGGUGAUACUGUGGAAAGUGUGAGGCUAGGCUCCCUCUGGACCGCCCCCCAAACUAGAACAGCUGCACAUUCUGUUUUACAUAUUGGGACCCCAUGUUAACAUUUUGCAUAAGAAGAGCACCCAUGCUUUAAUAAAAAAAGAAAGAUGAGGGGCUUCCCUGGUGGCGCAGUGGUUGAGAGUCCACCUGCCGAUGCAGGGGACACGGGUUCGUGCCCCGGCCUGGGAAGAUCCCACAUGCCGCGGUGCGGCUGGGCCCGUGAGCCAUGGCCGCUGAGCCUGUGCGUCCGGAGCCUGUGCUCCACAACGGGAGAGGCCACAACAGUGAGAGGCCCGCAUACCGCAAAAAAAAAAAAAAAAGAAAGAAAGAUGAAAUAAUACCAACUUGAUGAACUGUAAAGAGAUUAAUAUUGAAAUGAAGUGUUAAGGAAAUUUGACUUUGUGAAACUUUAUUUUACUACAGUUGUAAAUGUUAAUCUUUGAAGACCAAUGUUGUAAUGCUGAUUUUUACAGUUUUUAUGUGAAUACCUAGGCAUAUUAAAAUUUCAGUCACCUGUU